GCGCAAUGCUGUGCAAAGCGCCACUUCGGUGGCCAAAUCAGAAGUCACAGGGCGACGCCUGGAGAUGAGGAAGGGUAUCGCACAGUCUUUCUACCAUGCAUAUAAAAUGACGAUCUAUACUUGUUUCAUUCUUCCUCGCUGAAUAUGCGUCCUCUCUGGGAGUGAGUAUUAUGUUCAGCAUUUCUUGAACCACUCAAAGUAUUGGAGAUGACGGAAAAUCAAGAGCAUCUGAAGAGGUUGGAGGAGCAAUGGAAUUUAGUCAUGGCAGAAGAUGAGCGUAAACAUGCAUUGAUCUCAGACUUAUUUGGGCACAUCAGCGAUUUGACGGCGCAGCUCGCCGAGGCCCAUAUGGACCUUCGAGACCGAAAGGAUAUGCUUGAGCUCAAACGCACCAAGCUGGAUCAAGCUGAGAAGCAGAUUGAAGAUUUACGACGCAAGACGGAUGAACAUGUUUUUAGUAUGGUUAUAAUCGAUGGCGACAAUAUGCCGUUUCAAGAUGAAUUUGUGAGAGAUGGCCUGCUGGGGGGCAAGAGGGUAGCUAGCCUCCUGAGGAAGGCGAUAACCGAGGAUAUCAAGACAAGAUUUCCAUCCCUUCCUGCCAACGCGCAGGUGGUGAUUCGUGUAUAUGCGAAUUUGAAAGGGCUGUCCAAGAAAUAUAGAGAACUUCUGCCUGACUCGGCAUCGUUUGAAGAUUUUGUUCGAGGGUAUAACACAGUUCAUCCCACCUGCGACUUUAUUGACGCUGGGUGUGGUAAAGAAUGCGCAGACGAGAAGAUCAAAGCGGCCCUCAAGUUUGGUCUCGGCGACAGCCAUUGCAAGCAGGUGUUUUUUGGAGGACCGGGAGACAACGGAUACGCCCGCGUGUUCGAUUCAUUCCUCGAAGAUCAGACUAUUCGAGGACAAAUAACGCUCAUGUCAGGUCCUCCUUUCGCCUACGAGCUGGCAGCAAUCAAAGACAAGUUCCAAAAUGUGGCGUUCGACAACAUCUUUAGGGGCCAAAAGCUCCCCAAUGAGACGAACCGCAGGACCUCGUUCCACAUUACACCACCAGGAACACCGAUGCCUUCAAACGCUCCAUUGAGCUUUGCAGCUGCUGCCAAGGUGCCCACUAGUCCAGCACAUAGUGCUCCCGCUCAGCUCUAUUGUCCGGAGCCGAAGCCGUCGCCCAAUGGAGUCAUAUUGCGGAACAGGCUGGGACAGAGGGUGGACUCGCGCCUUUCGUAUUCGCAGUCUGAUUUCUCAAGCUUGAAAGACCGUAAGCUCUGCAACAAUUUCCACCUCUUGGGCAAGUGUUUUUAUCUUGACAAGUAUGGGAAAUGCCACCACAUUCACGGGGAAAAAUUGACUGCUCAGCAGCUGGAAGCCUUGCGAGGUAUUGCCCGUCAGUCUCCAUGUUUGAACGGACUGAGUUGCAGCCAGACAGAUUGUGUGGCUGGACAUCGCUGUCCCAGGGAGCCUUGCCAUUUGGAAAAUUGCUGGUUCCCCAAGGAGAUGCACGGUGUUGACUCCCAGGUCAUUGACUGAGGCUUAUGAACAACUUAAUAUUUUUUUUAUACGUCAGGCAUACGGACGGGAAUUUGUAUCCAGCGUUUUGGGGUGGACGGAUGAAUUGGAUAGCUAACUGGCUGUCCGGCGUUAUCAUGAACGGAAUACAUGUGGUUCAUUGGGAUGCCGGCAGCAUUGCUUCAACGGCAAUGAUGGAAUUUGGCACUAGUUAAUGUUUUUUAUGCUCUUUAAGCAAAAGGAGACGGCGAGAAGUAAUAAGGUAGUCUAUCUCUACUAGGUAGUUGAGGGCUCGGAACUUGAAAUUGAGUAUUGAUGAGCUCCAUAGCCACGUUGUUCUAUAUCAUCCAUGGGGCACUAACAGUACCGUGGGGGGCUAUCAGG